GGAAAAGAAAGAAAAGGCAAGCGCAACGCAGCAGAUUAUACAUUCUGCUCACAGUGCGGGUGGAACAACCUGCAGAGCCGCAGAGGGAGUCAGUGGGCUCCUCAGUUCAGGAGAGAAGCGGCGCUGGCUAAGCAUCACUCUAAGCUGUCUGGAUAGUUUUGAAGGCUUUUUGAAAAAAAAAAAAUCAUACUGACUGUUGGUUUUUACGCAUCAGAUGCACCUGUGGAUGCACCUUUCCCUCUGGAUUCACAAAGGAUUCCCUGCAACUCGCAGCUGAAAUUCUUCCACUCCACCAGCCUGCAGUUUUGUGUUUUUUUUUUUUUUUUAAUUUUCCUUCAUAAGAGGAGGAGAAGCGCACGAUGCUGCUGGGAGUCCUCUUCCUGGCGGUCCCUCUGCUGAGCGUCGCCGGCGCGUCCUACGUGCCCUGCGAGCCGUGCGACCCGAAGGCCCUGUCCAUGUGCCCGCCGGUGCCCGUGGGCUGCCAGCUGGUCAAGGAGCCCGGCUGCGGCUGCUGCCUGACGUGCGCCCUGGAGGAGGGCCAGGCGUGCGGCGUGUACACGGGGCCGUGCGCGCGCGGGCUCCGCUGCCUGCCGAAGAGCGGAGAGGAGAAGCCGCUGCACGCGCUCCUGCACGGUCGGGGCGUGUGCGCCAACGAGAAGCUGCACAAGCUGCAGCAUCCACCCAAAGACCCAGUAGAAACCAAGGUGCCCCUAUAUGGAGAUCACAUCAGCAGUCGGAAGAUUCACGCCAUGAGGCUAGCCAAGGACCGUAAGAAGUAUUUAGCCAGGCCCGGAUCAAGCAACAACCGAGAGCUCCCGCCGUCCGGCCUCGACAAGGCGGAGCCGGAAUCUGGGCCUUGCAAAAGAGAACUUGGUAAUCUCAUUCAUGGCCCUUCUCGGGUCCUGAGCGUUUCUUUGUACGUACCCAACUGUGACAAGAAGGGAUUCUUCAAGCGCAAGCAGUGCAAGCCGUCUCGCGGCCGGAAACGGGGCGUCUGCUGGUGCGUGGACCGCUUUGGCAAAAAAAUCCCAGGUAGCAACCCUGCCCACGGAGAACUGCAGUGCAAGGAUCUCGACAGUAUCAACAACAGCAACGAAUGAGAGCAAACCGCCUCCAGAGCCCAGCUUCUUCUUAAACCCUGCCAAACAAGCUAGCACACUUUAUGACUGACAAUCAGGAGAAUAUGGCACAAACACUUUUACUUUUUGUUGAUUGUGACGGACUGCAUUGUCUGUUGUAGAGAGGAGGCAAACUUUAUAUCUUAUAUCAAAGAGAAAUAUAUAUAGAGAGUUUUUCUUCCAUUUAUAAAGUCUGUUGCAGUUUUUAUUAUUAUUAUUAUUAUUAUUAUGGAAAAGGUGACAACACAUAUCCUAAAUGUGGCUAACUAUCAAUAUUUUUCAGUUGAUUUUCCUGAUAUUGUUGAGAAGGGAGCGUGGCCACCGAAAGUAGGAGACAUCUGCUGAAAUUGAAUGAGUUUUGUUAUGAUUAGCAGCUUUUCCAGGUGCAAUAUGAUGGAUAUUUGGGAGUCACACAAUCCAGUUUUAAACGAGGGCAGAAAAACAUUCAAACAUAAAACAUGCAUACUUCC